CCCAUCAUUAGUGUCAGUGGGAGGAAUAGUGCCCCAUCAUUGGUCACUGGGAGGAAUAGUGCCCUAUCAUUGGUGUCAGUGGGAAGAAUCGUGCCCCAUCAUUGGUGUCAGUGGAAGGAAUAGUGUCCCUUAAUUAGUGUCAGUGGAAGGAAUAGUGUCCCAUCAUUAGUGUCAGUGGGAGGAAUAGUGCUCCAUCAUUGUGUCAGUGGGAGGAAUAGCACCCCAUCAUUGGUGUCAGUGGGAGGAAUAGCACCCCAUCAUGGUGUCAGUGGGAGGAAUAGCACCCCAUCAUUGGUAUCAGUGGCAGGAAUUGUGCCCCAUCAUUGGUGUCAGUGGGAGGAAUAGCGCCCCAUCAUUGGUAUCAGUGGAAGGAAUAGUGCCCCAUCGUUGGUGUCAGUGGGGAGGAGGGGAUAGUGCCCCAUCAUUGGUGUCAGUGGGGAUAAUAGUGCCCCAUCAUUGGUAUCAGUGGGAUAAUAGUGCCCCAUCAUUGGUGUCAUGGGGAGGAAUAGUGCCCCAUCGUUGGUAUCAGUGGGGAGAAAAGUGCCCCAUCAUUGGUGUCAGUGGGGGAGGAAUAGUGCCCCAUCGUUGGUGUCAGUGGGGAGGAGGAAUAGUGCCCCAUCGUUGGUAUCAGUGGGGAGAAAAGUGCCCAUCAUUGGUGUCAGUGGGGGAGGAAUAGUGCCCCAUCGUUGUGUCAGUGGGGAGGAGGAAUAGUGCCCCAUCGUUGGUGUCUGUGGGGAGGAACAGUGCCUCAUCGUUGGU